GCUUCCUGCGGCUGAGUGGCAGCUUCCACCCGGUGGGUUUUGCUUGGCGCACCCGGGAGGCGGGGCCUGCGGGGCAAGAUGGAGUUAGUGCAGGUCCUGAAACGCGGGCUGCAGCAGAUCACCGGCCACGGCGGUCUCCGAGGCUAUCUACGGGUUUUUUUCAGGACAAAUGAUGCGAGGGUUGGUACAUUAGUGGGGGAAGACAAAUAUGGAAACAAAUACUAUGAAGACAACAAGCAAUUUUUUGGCCGUCACCGAUGGGUUGUAUAUACUACUGAAAUGAAUGGCAAAAACACAUUCUGGGAUGUGGAUGGAAGCAUGGUGCCUCCUGAAUGGCAUCGUUGGCUUCACAGUAUGACUGAUGAUCCUCCGACAACAAAACCACCUACUGCUCGUAAAUUCAUCUGGACAAACCAUAAAUUCAACGUGACUGGCACCCCAGAACAAUAUGUACCUUAUUCUACCACUAGAAAGAAGAUUCAGGAGUGGAUCCCACCUUCAACACCUUACAAGUAAAGACAAUGAAGAACAAUUGAAACAUGCAAAAUAUGGAGCUUUUCGUGUAAUUACUCAUUUACUGUUUACCAUUCACUAGAUUAAAAUUGUGUAACUAAACAA